GAACGAUAGAUAAAUAAUUAGACGAGGGAGAAGAGAAAGAAGGAAUUGGAAUUAGAAUUGUAAAAAGGAAAGGGGAAGGAAGCAAGGCAAGGAAGGAGAGUGGAUCGAUUCCUCAGCAGCACCAGACAUUUAUAAAAGCUCUUUCCCUUCCCUCAAAUCGCUCAUACUCUUCCAAUCUUUUUUUUUUUUUUUUUUUACCUUUCUCCCUCGCUCAAUAAUACAAAACAAAAAAGAAGAAGAAGAAGGUUUUCGCGAUGGCAUCGAAACGGAUCUUGAAGGAACUCAAGGAUCUCCAGAAGGAUCCUCCUACCUCUUGCAGCGCCGGUCCUGUUGCUGAAGACAUGUUUCACUGGCAAGCAACAAUUAUGGGUCCUCCAGACAGUCCUUAUGCUGGAGGUGUUUUCCUAGUCACUAUUCAUUUCCCUCCAGAUUAUCCCUUCAAGCCACCCAAGGUUGCAUUCAGGACAAAGGUAUUUCACCCAAAUAUAAAUAGCAAUGGAAGCAUUUGCCUUGACAUAUUGAAGGAGCAGUGGAGCCCUGCACUAACUAUUUCAAAGGUGUUGCUCUCGAUUUGUUCCCUGUUGACGGACCCUAAUCCUGAUGAUCCUUUGGUCCCCGAAAUCGCCCACAUGUACAAGACAGACAGAAACAAGUACGAGUCAACUGCCAGAAGCUGGACCCAGAAAUAUGCCAUGGGUUAAGUGACCUGUGGUAUGUGUGAGGAAGAGCAUUUCUACUCCCAGUGUUUAGGCCUCUCAGCCCUUGUAUGAAUAUUUGUCGUUUUUAAUAAGGCCCCUCCAGUUGAAGAUUAAUGGAGCAAAACGUUUCUCCUGUUGUUUGUACUGCAAAUGUUAAUUUAGAACAGUGAAAUGUUGCCCCCAAUCAAAUAUGCUCAAAUUUUUAACCGUUCUAUUAGUGCCAUUAUUUCAUGUUUAAUUU